AUGGCAUACUAUAAGUACAUUACAGUCAACACCAACAACAUAAAGCUUAUUCUUGGCAUCAGUGCCAUAACCAGAUUAAACUAUUUCAGCCCAAUUGAUGUAUCUGAUUAUCUUAUUUCUGCUGCCCCCAUCUCUGCUGCUAUCAUCUACCACCUGCAUUCUGCUUCUGCCUCACCAACUACUUCUGCCACUGCUCCACCAUCACUGCCACCAUCCACCAUCAUCUCUCUGUCUCCCUCUAGCACUAACAGAAUCUCUGCCUGUCAAAUGACAGAUAUUAGAGCCUUUGUCCAGUUCACAAAGCCAGUUCUGGAGGAGCAGGAGAAGAAGAAGAAGAAGAAGAAGAAGAAGAAGAAGAAGAAAGAGAAGAAGAAGAAGAGAGAGAAGAAGAAAAAGAAAGAGAAUAAUAAUAAUAACAAGAAUAACAAUAAUAAUAAGAAUAAUAAUGAUAACAAGAAUAAUGAAUUUAUUAUUUAG